UUUAAUGCAUUUUGCAGUUCCUAGAUGUGUUGAUGUUUUUUUUUUUUGAGAGAUUUAACUUUGAUGGGGUGUUGGAAGAUUUUUUAGGGGAAAUUGGGUUUUGAGUGGUUCAUUGAAAAGGUUGAAUCUUUAUGCUGAGAUUUGCAUUUCAUUUCAAGUAUGAGGAUGUUUUUGAGAGCUUUAACUUAAAUUUGUCUUAAAGAUUGAAUUUUGAGGGGAAAUAAAUUGUGGGUUUUGAGUGUUUGUAUGAAAAGGUUGAAUCUUUAUUGAGAUUUUUGCAAUUUGAGAGUCAAGAUUGAAUGAAUACAUGUCAUGUCAUAGUAUCUAAGUUAAAGGGUUUGUUGUUUUUUCUUGGAUUUGUGAAGGAUGAUUAUCUAAUGCAAGUUUUGUGCUUCUGGGGUUGAAAGGUUAUACACUAUACAGAGUGAUAUUGAGGUUUAGAUAGUUUAUUUGUUCCAAAAUGGGGAAAUGGGGGUGGGGAUUACAAGGUGGGGAGUCGGACUCUCGCUAACAAGGUGGAAAUUCAGGGUUCUAGCAAUGUGUGGUUUUGUAAGAUCUUGAGAUGCUCUUCAGAUUUGUAAUUUUGAAAUUUGGGUCGCUGCAGGAGGCAGUAUACGUAUGGAAUUUUGAGGAAUUUUAGGCCUAAAGUUGAAUUAGGUGACAGAAGCAGAGGGGAGUUUUCGUUCAAUGUCAGGAGCUUCAAGGGUAAGGUCAAUGAAUGUAGCUGAUUCAGAAGCAAGGCCAGUUCUUGGACUCUCUGGGAAUAAGGCACAAAGAUCACCUGGUUCAAGAAAAUCAGUUUCAAAACCUACGAGAAAGAUAGUGAAGUCAAAAGAGGAGGUUGAGAUGGAAGAUAAAAAUGGUCACCAACCAUCCCCUUCAUUGCUUUCUUUUGAUGUUCCUUCAAUACUUAGGCGACAGGAGUCAUUGUAUUCCAACUUUUCACUUAGUGCUUCCUGUUCUUCUGAUGCCUCGACGGAUUCAUUUCACAGUAGUGCUUCAACUGGUAGGAUAUAUAGAAUGAAUAGUACCUCAAGUAGAAGGAAGCAGUUGGCGUCGAAGUCCAAAAGGAUAGUUUCAGAUGAUAUAUCAAACUCUUCAAUUGACGGUUCGCAAUCCAAGAAAAGAUGUGCCUGGGUGACACCUAAUACAGAUCCAUCUUAUGCUAAUUUCCAUGAUGAAGAAUGGGGAGUUCCAGUCCAUGAUGACAAGAAGCUAUUUGAGCUCCUUGUCCUUUGCGGAGCAUUGGCUGAACUCACAUGGCCUUCCAUUCUCUGCAAGAGGCACAUAUUCAGAGAAGUAUUCACGGAUUUUGAUCCCAUAGUAGUGGCCAAGUUGAAUGAAAAGAAGACUUUGGCUCCUGGAAGUACAGCAUGCUCACUAUUAUCAGAACUUAAACUACGAGGCAUCAUUGAAAAUGCUCGUCAAAUGUUGAAGGUUAUAGAUGAAUUUGGAUCAUUUGACAAGUAUAUCUGGAGUUUUGUGAACCACAAGCCUAUAGUAAGCGGAUUUCGAUAUCCUCGUCAAGUUCCAGUGAAGACAGCAAAAGCGGAUCUGAUUAGCAAAGACCUAAUCAGGAGAGGUUUUCGGGGCGUUGGACCUACUGUGGUGUACUCUUUCAUGCAGGUUGCUGGUAUUACAAAUGACCAUCUUAUUAGUUGCUUUAGAUUUCAUGACUGUGUUGAAUCUGCUGAAGGUAAAGAGAAGGAUUCGAACAACGAUGAAAUUGAAGCAACACAAGCCAACAAAGCAAAUGAAACGGAGAUAUGUAGAUCGAUUGAUGACUUGAGUUUCUCCUCGGAGUGAUUUUCAUCUGUCUUAUUAAGGAGAAGUGAUUUUCAUCUUUGUCUUAUUCAGGUGAUAUAAAGACUUGUAACAACUGGUUAAAUUCACAUAGUUUAGCUGCAAAACUGGUUGUGUACAGAGAAAUGAGUCGAUCAAGAUUAACUAGGGGUAACUUCUGUUCAUGUCUAUAAAUGAAUGACGUUUUUUGC